UUGAACAUCCACAUUAGUAUAUUCAAAUACAUGAAACCGAGUUGUGUUGUUAGUGCCUUUUGUGAACCUGUACACUUUUGGAGUAAACACGGUCCAGGAUAUUUGUAUAGUAACCAAAUCUUUUUUAUCAAUUUUCAAUCAAAAUAAACAACAAUCUAUGUGCCGGCACCUCCAAUACUUCUCUGUUUCUGGUAUUAUAAAUUCCAAA